UAAUCUGUAAACACUUCUUUAAAUAAAAGUAGCCUGCAGACAGCUGCCACUGUUUGUCAGUCUGGGGUCUCCUCUACUCCGUCUGCCUUUUAAAUGGUUCGUCCGAAAUGCAAAUAGAGAGAACCUGUCCAUAACUAUUCUUCCAGAGCCAGAAGUGGAGUCAGCCUUAUGUCCGGCAGCCUAACAGGCCUCUUCGCAGAUAGGUGCGAGCAGUAAUGGGUGACUGGAGUCUUUUAGGAAACAUCCUUGAAGAAGUACAGGAGCACUCAACGAUAGUGGGAAAGGUCUGGCUCACUGUGGUCUUUAUUUUCCGGAUCCUUGUCCUGGGCACUGCAGCCGAGUCCUCCUGGGGAGAUGAGCACAGCGACUUUGAAUGUGAUACCCUGCAGCCUGGUUGCACGAAUGUGUGCUACGACAAGGCUUUCCCCAUCUCACACAUCCGCUAUUGGGUUCUUCAGAUUAUAUUUGUUUCAACCCCCUCCCUCAUCUACAUGGGACAUGCUAUGCAUACAGUCCGCAUGGAGGAGAAAAAGAAACUCAGAGAGCAAGAAGACAGGGCCCAAGGUGGCAAAGAGUAUCUAGAAGACAAGGUGGACGUAUCAAUGAAAGAAGAAGCCACUGUCAAGAUCAAGCUCAAGGGGACUUUACUCCAAACAUACGUCUUCAGUAUCCUCAUCAGGACGGUUAUUGAGGUGGCUUUCAUUGUGGGUCAGUAUCUUAUUUACGGGAUCUUCCUGAAACCCCUCUACCACUGCGAUAAUUGGCCUUGCCCUAAUCCUGUGAACUGCUACAUGUCCAGGCCAACUGAGAAGAACGUCUUCAUAGUGUUCAUGCUUACUGUGGCGGUGUUCUCACUUUUUCUGAGUGUGGUGGAGCUUUACCAUCUUGGAUGGAAGAAGUUCAAGCAGUGUUUGAGAACCUACAACUCCACCCCUAACCCUGUUGCAGCUGCCCCCAUCUCCAAGGAACCUGACGCACCAGACAGACCCUCCCAGGCUUGCACACCUACACCAGAUUUCAACCGGUGUUUGGUGGCGACCGAUGGCCGAUGCAACCCUUUCAAUAACAAGCUGGCCCACCAGCAGAACUCUGCCAAUAUGGCCACAGAGCGUCACCAUAGUCGUGACAACUUGGAGGGUGAAGAUUUUCUCCAAAUGCACUACCUGCAAGGAAGUGAGACCUCCAAUAGUUCAGCUGCCCCUCCUGGGCAUGAGAACCUUUUUAAGGAUAAACGUAGACUCAGCAAGGCCAGCGGGUCCAGUAGUAGAGUGAGAUCUGAUGACCUAGCAGUAUAAUCCUAAAUUCUGACGCCAACCCAUUUAUCCCUCUGGGUUGAUUUAUUGCACUGUAGUGUUGUGGUUAGCAGCAAUAUAUACUUUCUCUGGGCUAAGAGUGUUGUCAACUUUCCCUUCCUAUUGGAGUGCUGGUCGGUCUGCAAGAGAAAACUCUAAUUUGGAAUCAAAUGUUACUGUAUGUCAACAAUAGCUAUGGAUUUAACCAUUAAAGAAAAGCACUUCAUGUAACCCUUUUAAAAUGAGGAUCAUAGAUAGCCUUUCUGAGAUGUGCAGUGGCACUGUGUAGAACCAAUACAUUGUAAUGAGGGGAAAUACAAAACUAACCUACCAGCGUCUAUAUAUUCAAUUAACAAUGGGCUGAUGAGGCACUAAUUAUUACAAAAACAUAUAUAUUCUCCCCUUACAGGGAUGCCUAAAUGCUAUUUCCAAAUCAGGGAUACAUUCUAAAUAAUACAGCAAUUUCAGUUUGAUAUAUUCUCCUCCUUGGUUACGUUGUAUAAUAACCCAACACACAUAGAAAACAGAUGCAACUUUUUGUUGGUAGAUUUGAACACUAUCCUUAAACAGAACAUACGGGAACUACAAAUAUGUGAAGUGUUGUCUGUGAGUGUGUGUAUAACUGUCCUAACGUAUCUAGAGUAUCCCCACACACCUAAUGAUAAGAUAGCAAAGGUGGGAGAUUAAGUUCAGCUACUGUAUUAAAACUAAAACACUCCAAACGAAGCUCUACCAGGUGUUUCUUUAUUAAUGGUUAUUUAUAAUCAUUUAAACUGUAGUACGGACCUAAUCAUUCAAACUGUAGUUUGAAUCCAAGCAUUAAAACUGUAGAGCUGGGUCCAAAUUACUUGGAACAUUCUGGAUUUCUUCUUCUUUUUGUUUUUUUACUCUUUUUAUAUUGAACCACAUAAUAAACCACAUCCCGCAGUAAGAAGAUCCUCCACUCAGUUUUCAUCAUUAGCUACAAACAACGGUCCAGAUAAACUCUGUAUCUGCAUUUUUUAUGCAUUCAAAAAUCUGAAAUACACACUAAAUUUAAAUGUAAUGCAUAAAAAUAUGCAUUGCAAUUUUGCUGCACAGCUUGUCUGCCUCCCCUAAAACUUCCACUAACAACUACAUCUCCCAGAAUACAAUGUCUUCAGUUACUAGGAAACUGUACGCAAGAAAGACAAACCCAACAACAUCAUCUAAUUUUGUCUAGCCCCGUUGUCUUUGCAGCCAAUCACAGUAAAAAUAAGAAUAAUUUGCCAGCAAGCUACACAGGUUGAAGCGUAAACACCCCAGUCCAGCUACAAAUCCAACUGGAACCAUCGUCAGAGGCAACCGCUACAAAAAGGUGCCUAUAAUAUUAAACUGUUUUAUAACUUAUUAAUUCAUUUCUGUAUGGCUUUAUAUUUAUUUGUUUACAUGUUCACUGAGUUUAAGAAUUUAUAUAAGUAACGUAAUUAAUUUGCAGAGUCAGUGUGAUACCUCAAAAAAAUGCGCUGAGCCGAUAAAGAACCUUGUAGAACACACACGUGGUUGUACAGUAGUUCAAAGUAACAUUUCAGGUAAAAUGAAAGGCUCUUUUUUAAUGCCUACCCCAUUAUCAUUAAAGAUUGUACAGUAUUUAUCGAGAGUACUCAUUACUUUAAGGUAAUGUUGCAUUUUAUCCCCUGAAAAUACAUUUUACUCUCUCAGUGUUAAAAUUAGAUGGUAAGUUACUCCCAGACCCAAACCCUUAUCUGGAGCGCUGGCUACAAGCAUCACCUGUGAUUAUUUUAUUGAUUAUUCAUUUUUUUGUAAUAUUAAAAGUGGAUUUGUGUUGUAAUCUGCAGGAUUCAUCAUCAGUAAGCACAACUAAAAGGACGUGUUUUUGCAUGUUGCAACCUAAUGACAGAAACAUUAUAAUCAUAGUGGUUAAGCAAGCCAUCCCCACACCUGCCUGUAUGCUUUGUUCUUCUUAAAAGCUUUGGUUCAUUUUUUUCUUUCUUUCUAAUCAUUGAGAUUUUUGUGAUGUGUUCCAGUUUUGUUAAUGAUUUACGUUUGAGCUGAAUAUGAAAAGUUUUGUGCCUAAUAUCUAACAUUUCUAAUUUAGGUGAAACUCAUGUUUAUUCAGAUACUGAAAUUAACAUUUGUUUUCUCUGGUUACUUUGGUUGAUGAUUCCACAGUUUCAACAAUUCUAUUGUUUUAAGUUGAAUUGUAAAAUUAAUGUAAAGCCUAAAGAAUGAUGCCAUAGAAAUGUUUUUUUUUUUUUAAAGACAACAUCUGAUUUUCAUUUCAGAUUUCUGAAAAUAUCAAACUUCAUUAAAUCAGUUCUAAAGGUGAAGAUAAUUAAACUGUUAAGAAAUAGUACCACUGAUGCACUAGUGUAUAUUAUAGUAUCAAUACAAUAUUACACAGUCACGGGGUGUUCAGGGUAGGGAUCAUUUUUGACACAUUAAUAAAUCACUAUCAUAUUCUUUUUGUUAAAAAACAUUAAAAAAAAAUACAAAACAUCAUGCUCAAAAACCAAAUACAAAUGUAUAACCAUUACAGAAUCAUUUUUAAUGUUUUCUUUCCUUCAUUUUUCUAUAUUCUUCAUAAACAUAUGAACUUAAAUAUGAUGGUGAAAUGAUACCCCAUCUAAUUGUGUUAACAUUUUGUAAUAAUAUAAAAGUAUGGUGGGUGGGGGGUUGUAUUUGUACUAUUUUAGGGUUGAUACGUUUGGUGUUCAGCUGAAUAUUUUUUUUAAAAGCUGAAUCCUCCACUAUCAUCCAAAUUUAAAACUGCUUCAGAAGCAGCUUUAUAGCCUGAUGUGGAGUAUGAUUGACUUUAUAGGGAUUUAAUUUUAAAAACUGUUACCACAGAAAAUAGGUGACUAUUUGAAUGUACAUUUUCCUAGUUCAUGUUUUUGGAGUAAUUGGCUUCAGAUGUCAUUUAUAUUGCCUUUUUAAUGUCCCCUUACUAUUGCACGGUGUUUGCAGUAAUCCUGUAUGCUUCUGGGUUCUGUUGCUCCGCUAUUGAGUAUAAUUAUAAUUUUCUCUAAAUCUGAUUUUCUGGCUUUUAUGUCGCUUUGAGAUUAUUCAAAUCAUAUGAUAAUGGACCUUUUUAACUCUGCCAGCCCUAACUAUUCUAUCUAUCUAUCUAUCUAUCUAUCUAUAGAUAGAUAGAUAGAUAGAUAGAGAUAGAUAGAUAGAGGGAGUUGGUUGGGGCUGAUAAAGUUGAACGAUGACACUGUUGCAUGAUUUGAAUGGAAAGAUGAAUGCUCUGGCAGUUAUGAUUCCACAGACAGAUUUAUAGACAAAUUAUAAUAACUCAGUAUUGGAGCAACACAACUCAGAACUGCUCGGAAUUAUUGCAAGGACCAAAUAUUAAAGGGAUACAACUAAGCGAAUAUAAAAUCACUGUAUUGCUGUUUCAGUGAUACAGCACUGAAUUGAGAAAUGAGAAAUUCCAUUUGACUUAGUUACUGAACUUCUGAUGAGAAACGGAAUUGAAUUGGCCACUAGAUGGAGACUUUUUUGUUUGUUUGUUUACCUUGUUAAAGGACAAAACAUUUAAUAAUGUUUAUUUUACAUAGACGUGCAGCUCUUUUCUUAAAAUUGUAUUAUUAUUAAACAUGUAUUGCAUUGUGGUAUCUAAAAUCUGAAUUUAAGUACAUGUGUAAAGAUGUGAUUGUUUUUUUGUUGUUGUUUAAAAGUGUAUGGGUUCAAAUGAAUGACGUUAUUGUAUGAUGAUUGGUAAAGAGGAUGUGGUGGUGUAUAUUGAGCUCAAUUUUCUUGAAUGCAUGACUGAAUACAUUUUUACUACUCAGAUGAGUUCUUUCCAUGCAUUUCAUAUGAGAAUAUUGUGUAUCUUUUCUUAUUGAUCGUUCAGACCAGAUGCAGUAAAGGCUCCUUCUUGGCUUCUGUUAUAUUAAAACUACAAAACUAAUUUUGCCAAUGUAGCUACUACUGGAUUGCAUUUUUUCCCCAUUUAGCUUUUUCUUUCUUACAAUUGCUUUUUUAUUUUUUGAUAUUUUACAAACUGAUUUGAGUUCAGAUAUUUGAAAGUGUUUUUAAAGAUGGAAAGUGAGGAAAAAUCAAUUUUGCACUAUAUUUUGUACAAAGUUUUGUUUACUAAUUGCUGAAGUAGACUUGUGUGUAAACCAUGUACUCUGCCUUGUUUAGCUUUAAUGCUUUUUUGUUGUUGUUUUCGAUAUUAUGUUGACUGCAAACUUGAAUCUUCAUUUAAAAAAAUAUGUUUUCAUCUGCAUUGUUGUGUGCAAGUUUAAAAUAUGUUAUACAGUACAUUAUGUACAUUAUUCUACAAAACGAAUAAAGUUUAUGCACAGUUUA